AUGGCUUCCUCUUCGGCAGAUACAAUCGUGAUUGUGGGCGCGGGUAUUAUUGGCCUUGACGUCGCCCUUGUCCUUUCCAAGCGUGGAUUGGGCAGGCAGAUUACAAUAGUCGCCGAACAUCUCCCAGGUGAUACUUCGCCUUCAUACACUUCUCCAUGGGCUGGAUGCAACCUUUCAUGUAUAUCUGGGAGCGACCAAAAAGCUCUUCGAUGGGAUCAAUUGGGUUACGCCCAUCUAAUGAACUUGGCCACGCACAAUGAAGCCGAGUCAUUCGUAUCAAAAACGCAAUCCGUGGAGUACUGGGAUGCCAACACUCCUCAUGACAAGAUCAAGUCUAUUUCGCAGUAUCUCGAGGAUUUCAAAGUCACCCCGAAGCAAGACCUACCCCAGGGCGUCGAAUUCGGCAUGACGUGUACUUCUGUAACCGUCAACGCCCCUAAACAUCUCAUAUAUCUCUAUUCUUUGCUCAAAGACCACUACGGAGUACGUUUCGUUCGACAAAAGCUGCCCAGCAUCCAAGCGGCUUAUGCCAGUCCACGGACCCGACUCGUCUUUAACUGCACUGGCAAUGCGGCCAAGACUCUGCCAGGAGUAGAGGAUAGCAAGUGCUUCCCUACCCGCGGCCAAGUUGUUCUAGCACGAGCACCAAUGAUGCGCAAGAAUGUGAUGCGCCAUGGCCGAGAUUAUGAAACCUACAUUAUUCCGAGACCGCAGUCAAAUGGAAAUGUGAUCCUGGGUGGAUUCAUGCAAAAGGGCAACAGGUUCGUAUCCGACUUUCACGUAAAACAGUCCGAGUGUGUUAAUCGUAUCUUUCUUGGUAGUGACCCCUCGACGUAUGGCCACGAAACGGACUCGAUAGUGAGUCGUACAAAGGAACUUCGCCCACAAGAGCUGCGAGACGGUCCUUGUGAGAUUCUGGCAGUCUUUGCAGGCGCCAGACCAUCCCGCGAAGGUGGAGCACGAGUUGAAAGAGAUAGUAUAUCUGUCGGGGGGUCCAAGCGAGUUCUUGUUCACAACUAUGGUGCUGGUGGCACUGGAUUCCAAGCUGGAUAUGGCAUGGCACUUGAUGCGGUUGCGUGUGUGGAUGAUAUAUUGAAGGAGUUGGAGAGAAGUGCGCAAGCCAAGCUGUAG